GGCAGCCACCUCCCCUUCGGUGGCGACAGCAGCUCCAGCUGCUGCGGGUCCAGCUCCGGGUCCCGAGCCGAGCCGUGGCUGCCGCGGGCGGUGGGCGGGCAGAGGCGAGCACCGGACGACCAGCUCAGGUGGCGGCUGCGGCGGCCGCCCGCCGAAACCGGGACCGCAGAGGGACCGCCUGCCGGAGGGAGGCGAGCACCUGGGCUGGGCUUUCCGCACCCUGGUAACUUCUUUUCCCAUAACUUCAGUGCCCUGAAACCCGAGUAUUCCACCAAGAUAAUAUGAUAGGCACUUUCCGUGGUUUGGAGCCAUAUCCUACUUAGACGAAUGCGGGCCUUCCAGAGGUCCUGAGAGCUUGGUACAGAGCACACACUGCUUGCUAGUUGGCGCGGCAAUAAUGCCAUCUCUGCCUCAAGAAAGAGUUAUUCAGGGGCCUUCUGCCUUGGAUCUGAAUACAGAGCUGCCUUUUCAAAGCACACUGAAAAGGAGAGUCAGAAAGAAGAAAAAGAAGGGAACAAUUACAGCCAAUGUUGCUGGGACAAAGUUUGAAAUUGUUCGUUUAGUCAUAGAUGAAAUGGGAUUUAUGAAAACUUCAGACGAGGAUGAAACGAGUAACCUGAUAUGGUGUGACGCCGCCGUUCAGCAGGAGAAGAUUGCAGAGCUGCAAAACUACCAGAGGAUCAACCAUUUUCCAGGAAUGGGGGAGAUCUGUAGGAAAGAUUUCUUAGCAAGAAAUAUGACCAAAAUGAUCAAGUCCCGGCCUCUGGAUUAUACCUUUAUUCCUCGAACAUGGAUCUUCCCUGCUGAAUAUACUCAAUUCCAGAACUACAUGAAAGAAUUGAAGAAAAAAAGGAAGCAGAAAACUUUUAUAGUAAAACCAGCUAAUGGUGCAAUGGGUCAUGGGAUUUCUUUGAUAAGAAAUGGUGACAAACUUCCAUCCCAGGAUCAUUUGAUUGUUCAAGAAUACAUCGACAAGCCUUUCCUAAUGGAAGGCUACAAGUUUGAUUUACGAAUUUACAUUCUGGUAACAUCAUGUGAUCCACUAAAAAUAUUUCUCUACCACGAUGGACUUGUGCGAAUGGGAACAGAGAAGUACAUUCCACCUAAUGAGUCCAAUUUGACCCAGUUAUACAUGCACCUGACAAACUACUCUGUGAACAAGCACAAUGAGCGUUUUGAAAGGGACGAGACGGAAAACAAGGGCAGCAAACGCUCCAUCAAAUGGUUUACGGAAUUCCUGCAAGCAAAUCAACAUGAUGUUGCCAAGUUUUGGAGUGACAUUUCAGAGCUGGUGGUUAAGACUCUGAUUGUGGCAGAGCCUCAUGUCCUGCAUGCUUAUCGGAUGUGCAGACCUGGGCAGCCUCCGGGGAGUGAGAGUGUCUGCUUCGAAGUCCUGGGAUUUGAUAUUUUGUUGGACAGAAAGCUAAAGCCGUGGCUUCUGGAGAUCAACAGAGCUCCGAGCUUUGGGACUGAUCAGAAAAUAGACUAUGAUGUAAAAAGGGGAGUGCUGCUAAACGCACUGAAGCUCCUCAACAUCAGGACCAGUGAUAAAAGGAGAAACUUGGCCAAACAAAAAGCUGAGGCUCAAAGGAGGCUUUAUGGUCAGAAUUCAAUCAAAAGGCUCUUGCCAGGUUCCUCAGACUGGGAGCAGCAGAGGCAUCAGCUGGAGAGGCGGAAAGAGGAGUUGAAAGAGAGACUUGUUCAAGUGCGAAAGCAGGUCUCUAAAGAACAACAUGAAAAUCGACAUAUGGGGAAUUAUAGACGAAUUUAUCCUCCUGAUGAUAAAACUCUACUUGAAAAGUAUGAAAAUUUGUUGGCUGCUGCCUUUCAGACCUUUCUUUCAGGAAGAGCAGCUUCAUUCCAGCGUGAGCUGAACAAUCCUUUGAAAAGGAUGAAGGAGGAAGAAAUUUUGGAUCUUCUGGAACAAUGUGAAAUCGAUGACGAAAAGUUGAUGGGCAAAACUUCCAUGCCUCGAGGACCAAAGCCUCUCUGUUCCAUGCCUGAGAGUACAGAGGUGAUGAGAAGACAGAAGUACUACAGCAGUGAUAGCAGUUAUGAUAGUAGUGACAGCUCUUCAGAAUCAGAUGAAAAUGAAGAGUACCAAAGUAAAAGAAGAGAAAAGCAAGUUACUUACAAUCUUAAACAGUCCAACCACUGCAAAAUAUUCCAAACAUCCAGUUCCAUAAGGCGUUCAUUCAGUUGCCCUCGGUCCAUCUCUUCUCAAUCACCUUGUAGUGCAGACAUCCGCCCUCUCUCUGCUCAACAAAUGAUGUCAGCAUCACGGACAACUUCAUCAUGUCGGUCACAUUCCUUAAACCGUGCUUCCUCCUAUGUGAGGCAUCUGCCUCAUAGUAAUGAUGCCAACUCUAAUUUUCAGAUGAGUGAGACUUUGCGGCAACCAAGAACAAAAGAACAAGAAGAGGAUCUAACAAGUCAGACCUUACUUGUUCUCAAGGACAUGAAGAUCCGUUUUCCAGGGAAAUCAGAUGCAGAAACACAACUUCUGGUAGAAGAUAUCCUUGAUAACUGGAAGUUUCAUAAAGCCAAAGUGGCUUCAUAUUGGCUCAUAAAAUUGGACUCUGUAAAACAACGAAAAGUUUUGGACAUAGUAAAAACAAAUAUUCGCACAAUUCUUCCACGCAUCUGGAAGGUGACUGAUGUCGAUGAACUACAUUUAUAUCGGAUUUUUAACCGGGUUUUUAAUCGCUUACUCUGGAGUCAUGGCCAAGGACUAUGGAACUGUUUCUGUGAUUCAGGAUCCUCUUGGGAGAGUAUUUUCAGUAAAAGCCCGGAGGUGGUGACUGCUUUGCAGCUCCAGUGUUGCCAGCGCCUGGUUGAACUAUGUAAACAGUGCCUGCUUCUGGUUUACAAAUAUUCAACGGAGACAAGAGGAUCAUUCUCAGGCAUUGGCACUGACUGGGGUAAUUCCAGGUAUUUACUACCAGGAUGUACACAAUUCUUCAUGAGAUCACCAGUCUACAACUUGAAAUACAGUUCACCUGGAAUGACUCGCUCCAAUGUUUUGUUUACAUCCAGAUAUGGCCAUUUGUGAAACAGAAGGGAAAAUUGCCAUGGGUUAUGCAUUAUAGCAAUUCAUUGCCCCCCUAAUGUAAACAUGCAAAGAAAGCAACCGUUAAGUGCUGUUUUAUGUAUAUAUGACAUAUAUAUGUGUGAAAUAUAUGCACACAUCACUCAAAUAAUAUAUUUAUUAUAUAAAAGAAUUAGAAAACUUGGAUAGAAGACUUAACCUUUCUGUAAAUGUAAUAAACCAUGUUAAUAUUGUUUACACAAUAUGUGAAUGUCUAGAAUUUGCUAGGUUUAUAAUUAAUACCUUCCUACUAGAAAUGGUAUUUUUGCUGCAGAGAAUAUGAAACAGAACUGAUCUUGGAGAUCUCACUACAGUGUUAAAUUAUUUUCUAGAUAACAUGCCUUUAACUUGAAUAAGCUCUAGUAGUGUAAUACCUUAUUCUCUUACAUAUAUAGUAGCCAUAUAAAAUGAAGAAAAAUUAGAAGCCUGGUAUUGCUUUGAUGAUAGGAUUAAGUAUAAAACGGGUUUAUCAUGACUAUAGCACACUGUAAAAUACUAUAAAAAUUUCAACUUGAUUCUUCAACAUUUUGUUCCUCUAUGUGGAAAUUUAGCUACUUAUGAUAAUGUAAAUUUUCAGUAAGGAUCUAGUGAGACCAUUUAAAUGAAAGACAAUCCAGUGAGUUAAGAAUAAACAAAACAUAAACUAGCUUUUAUUUUGACUUUUUAUCAGGAGUUACUAGUACAUAAAGGAAUAGAAAAUGAUGAUAAUGACAAAAAUCUUUUCAGAUGAUUUUUGUUAUACCACUCAUUUUUAUUUGGAACGUAUAUCUCCAAUGUGUAUACACAGUCAAAAACAUUUUCUUCUGUUCUUCAGCAGUAGAAGAGUUGACCUUUGAAACUCAUUUCAAUGUUAAUGUGUCACUUAUUUUAUAUGUCUUUCAAUGUUGAGACCAAAUUACAUUGCAAAGUCUAAUACAGUUUCACACUGCACCAUAGAAAAUAAUCUAAAAUGUUGCAAAUGGAGGAUUUUGAUUACUGGAUAUUAGUUGUGGUGUACCCUUAAGGAUUUUUAAAAAUCAAAAUAAAGUAUGAAAUUUCUUCUAAUUCAAAGUUAUCCUACCUAAUAAAGAGGUGAUAUGCAAAUUGACCAUCACUCCAACACACAAGAUGGCCACCCCCAUGUGGUCAAAGAUGGCUGGCAGGGGAGGGCAGUGUGAGCAACCAGGCCAGCAAAGGAGGGCAGUUGGGAGGGACCAUGCCUGCAGGGGAGGGCAGUUCGGGGGAACCAGGCCUGCAGGGGAGGGCAGUUGGGGGCAAUCGGGCUGGCAGGAGAGCAGUUAUGCAUCGAUCAGGCUGGCAAGGGAGUGGUUAGAGGGUGAUCAGGCUGACAGGCAGAAGCAGUUAGGGGCAAUCAGGCAGGCAGUCGAGUGGUUGAGAGCCAGCAGUCCUGGAUUGUGAGAGGGAUGUCUGACUGCCAGUUUAGGCCCAAUCCCACCAGAAUCGGGCCUAAACAGGCAGUCAGAGAUCCCUCGAGGGGUCCCAGAUUGGAAAGGGUGCAGGCUGGGCUGAGGGACAAACCCCUCUCUGUGCACGAAUUUUGUGCAUCAGACCUCUGGUUAUGCAUAAGUUUCAUAGCAGCUUCCAUUUCUUGCUUAGAGUUUCAAAAACAAUGAGUGAGCUUUCAGUUUUCCAUGAAAAUAUAAACAGUCAUUGACAUGUCAAUCCUUAGAAAUUGCAAUAUUCCCUUUUUAGAAGUUUGUUUAAACUUCUCCCCAAAGUUUUAUUUUCUCACAGACACUAUUUACAAAAUUCAUGAGUGUUUUACCUUUUUUUAUUAUCCUAAAAGCUAAUUCCAGUAAAUCAAGAAAUGGCCCAAAGCAGAAGGCGAACUGAGAGAGGCAAACUAGCCUGUUUUAAUUCACAAGCUGGAUAAUUGGCAACCCCAAGGUGUAAGUUAGAUAUACUUUGCUUUUAAAGCCAUAUUUUAUGACUGGGUUAGUAGUCUGUUCUUGGAAUUAUUGCUAGCUACUUCAUUGCUUAUGACUACCUAACAUCUAUAUUCCAAUAGAUACUUUUUCUUGCUAGAUGUAUCCCAAAGAAUAAUUUUUUAAUUAUCUUUGUGUAAAAAGAGAAUAAGGAUGUCAGGAGAAGGAAAUUACUGUGUAACCCCAAGUGUUUAUGACUCAAUUUUGUAAGUUCUUAAACAUGUGUUACAGAUUUCUUAGAAUAAAUAAUGCAAAAAAAUAGGGAUAUUACAAAAUCAUUAUAAGAAUAAUCACCAAGUAGCUGUUUUCAAGGAGUAUUUUUAGUCAUUUCUCUUUUAAAUUCAUGAUGUGUCCAUGAAUGAGACACAAUUUCAGGUGUCUGGUAUAUAAUAUCAACACAGUUUGUUGGCCACUCACUUGUAUUGGUUUAAAUAAAAGUGGUUAAUUUGCUAGAGCGAGUGCUUUGGAACUUUUGUCCUCAGUUGCACAGGAGUGCAAUUUUUAUUUAAGACAAAAAAAGAAUGUCCAACAUGGAGAUGUACCCUCUCCCCCUAGGAAACACACACACACUUAUAAUUUUUAAAACUAAGAGUAAAUUUAAUAUAUGAAAUGACCCAACUAACUGAUGAACACAUUUCAUUUCGGUAACUACUUAAGUCCUUUUUUGAGCACAAGAAUUUCAUUGCCCACAUUUGCCUAUUUAUAUUGAUCUAGUUUGAGAUGAUGAAGUUGUGAAAAAAGCCACGUACUCAUUAUGUAUAUAUACCACCUGGUAUGCAGUGGUCUAUGAUAGCUGUCCUGUUUAUUCCCUUUUGCGAAACUAAGAAGAGAAGAUACGCUAAUAAGCCAUGGAAGUCUCUAGAGGCCAUAUAAAUGUUUUAGAGGUAAAACAUAUUUUAUAGUGUUUAUUAUAAUUUUUUAUUAAUGGGGUUAAAUAUAUCAGUAUAAAUGAUAGUAUGGGUCUGACGCUCUCUCCUAGGAGAGAAAAAUCCAGAAGCUAUUCAAUUUUACCAGGAGUUUCUAUUAGUGAAUUUUAUUUAGUUAUGAUGAAAGCAUAUGGUUAUUUUGUUAUUAAGAAAAUAUCCAUGAUUGUUCUGUAAAUCUAGGGAUGGAAUGCUUUCCAGAAAUGUAUAUGAUUGGAAUAAUUUCCAGAAUUGUAUAAAAAGCAAUCAUUUUAUUUUAAAUCAUUUAUAUUUUAAAUCAGUUUUAUAUUCAGAUUACUUUUCAUUUGUAUACUCCAGCAUUGUAGAUUAGUUGCUAUUUGCAAUCUGUAGGAGGAAAUCAUUAUGAUUAUUUUUACUAGUAAAACAAAUUUUAUUUUACUAUCAUUUAUUUACCUUGUAUGUAUAAAAAUGAAGUUAUAACAGAAUCAGAUACGGUAAUGGCAGCAGUAGCCUCUGACUAUAACAUGGUUGAAUAACACUAGUUAAAAGAUGCAAAGAUAUUUAUACAUUUUUGUAGAUUUAAAUACACAAGCAUUUCUAUUAAUUCCUCUCCCCUAAAACUAAAAUGAACCAAACUCAAAUGACCCCAACCUUCUAUAUAGCUAGAUGACAGUGGGUUCCAGACAUUAAGAAAAAUAUUUCAUCCUCAUUCUUUUUAAUUUGAAAAGUGCGUGAUUAUAGAAUUUUGUUAUCCAAAUGGAAAUAUCAGAUGCUUUCAUGUAAAUUAAUCCAAAUGUUUUCUUCUUUAGCCUGCCAAAGCCAUUUUGUUUAAAAAUUCUCUUGAAAUCUAAACAUACACAUUACAUGACCUUUUAAAAAGUACCAAAAAUUAAUAGUUGCAUAAAUGGUAUUAUUUCUAGUUUUCUAUAAAGCAGUGAUUCAUUCAAAAUGUAUAUUCUUUAAAAUAUAAUAGCAGAUACUUUGAGAAGAAUGACAAAAUGCUUUUCUGUUCUAUUCCCUACUGCUGCUUUACAUUUUGAAUCUUAGUUAAUUUGAUUAUAAGGGUUAAACAAUAAAAAUGUGACCACAAUUAAUGUAUUUCUGUGACUUGAAAAUUUGCUUUCCUCUUUAAAUUGAGACAUUACAUUUUUCAAUAACUGAAUUAGUUAUUUACAUAUUUUGGGCUAAUAUUACUUUUGAAUAGAUUUAAAAUGUAGAAAUAUAUGAUCAAUAUUUUAUUCCUUACACUGUCCUCCCUUCCUCUCUCCCUCCCUCCCUCUCUCCCUCCCUUCCUUUCUCCCUCCCUUCCUUUAUUUCCCUUUCUUUUUUUCUUAAACUUUAAGUUCUCUUUAAGGUUUUGAGGUAUGGAUAAAGUCAAGAAAAGAAAAAUCCUCAGUGACAAUAAAAGAUUAUGUGUCACUGGAUCUAGUUCAGUUUGCUGAGAUUUUUAGGAAUCAGGUUGAAGUCUCUAGGCCUAAAAAGCAUUACUUGUCUGGACCCAUGUGAACCAAGGUUAUUAGCUAUAGUCUUGAAACCAAAAAUUGGUAUAUUAAAACUUAUUUCACACUUUGAGAUUGCUAUCGUGUGUGUGUGUGUGUGUGUGUGUGUGUGUGUGUGUGUGUGUGUGUUUGCUUUGUCAUAAAUGGGUAUAUGGCAUAUUGAAGGAAACUAUUCAGGUAACACAUUCUGCAUUAACUGGGCUCUAUUAUCCAAGAAUUGCAAAAUAAAGCUUUAAUUUCCCCCACAAACUAACUUUAAAUCUGCUGGUAAAGUCAUCAUUCAAUAGACCAAUAUUUUCCAAAUUAGUAAGAAAACUUACCUUACAAAAGUAGUCAGAUAAUGCCGAUAUUUCUCUUUCAAAGGCUAACAAUGACAGGACAGUUCUUGGUCUAGAGCUGGUCAGUUCAUACAGGAACUAAUGCACUUUCUACAGCAUUGAAUAUUCAUAGCUUUGCUGAAGAUUCUGGGCUUGGAGAUUAACUUGAAAGCUAUCCAUUUGCUACCAUGAAUCAUGGCUCAAAUUAUCCUCAUGUGCUUUACUACCUGUAUAUAAAUGCAAAUGCUGUUACAGAAAAUAUGCUUGAAAUGUCUACACAAUGUGCAAUUAGUGUGGCCUUGCCAUGCUUCAGCAUGUGCUAUCUGUAUGGUGAACUUAUUUCAAUUACUCAGAUAUGUUACUAUAAUAAAAAAUGUUUAACCUAAGAAA